AUGCCUUCGAAAGAAAUUCUGGUUGCAACGUUUUGCAGGUUUGGGCCUUUGAAGGGAUCACUGAUGCGGGUGAUGAAAGAUUCUUCUACUGCCCAGGUUGUUUUCAUGAAGAGCACUGAUGCAGUUGAAGCAGUUAGGAGUAUAGAGAAGGCUAAUCCCUUUGGUGCAACCCUCAUCAAUUACCGUCUUCAUCUACUUCCAGCUGCUUCGGCCUCUCAGCGCACCAAGGGAUUUGGGACACCUGCGAAGGCUUCUGGGUCAUUGCCAAAGCUUGCCGAGGUACCACCCAUUGACUUUAUAAGACAGAAUCUAGAGAUGAUGACAUCAAUGCUGGAGAAGUCAGGAGAUAAUCUUUCUCCAGAGAUGAGAGCCAAAUUAGAGACUGAGAUUAAAGGUCUCCUGAAAAAAGUGAGCUCAUUGCCUAGUUCUUCCUCUUAA